AUGUCUGAUUCCUCUGUCAACGCUCACUUGGAAGGGAUCAUAUCAGACUUUGAAGCACUAAAGCGGUCAUUUGAAGUGGAGGAGGGUGAUUCGUCUCCACACGGCACAUCCCUGACCCGUCGGGCUUCAAACCCUGUCCGGUCAUCCUCCUCUUCCUCCACAUCUAGCCAGCGAAGCUACGACACCGCGUCUCGCAACUCUGACUACUCCAACAAAUCAUCUCCGUCUGAGUCCACUAAUCUGCGCUCCCCAAAAACAGGCAUGAAGCGCAUGGAGUUCACGGGCGGCCGCAACCACGACACUGCCUCUUCUCGACGCGCAGAGAUGUCCAUUGAAGUGUCCUCCAAACAAAUUGACAACUCGCCCAGUGCUGGAAUAGCGCGGUUUGGCCUUAAGCGACCCGAGGUUAGUCUGAGUAGUCGGAUUAACCCUGUGGACACGUCCCUCCCCAACUCUUCCUCCAGAAGGGGUGACCUAAACACGUCGCGCCCUCUUGAGCCCCCUGCCCCGCCCAGAAGAAUGGACUCGCACCUGUCCUCUGGAGGCUCCUCAAGGAUCCCAGAGCUCAUCCAGAGGAGAGCGGAGUCCCAAAGCCCAGUGGUUAGUCCAGUUGAGAGUUCUUUCAAAAGGCCGGAGGUCCCAGUCUUCAAACAGAAUGAUGAUGUAUUGGAGAUCAACAACCACCACCACCCUCCAGCGCCCACCACCCCACUGCCCUCUCUGGUCGACCCACGGGACAGAGUACACUCGCCUGUCCCAGAGCAGCCAGCUGUCAGACCCAUUGAAAGACCGGAGGUGACACCCAGCUACAGCAGUGCCAUGUCUGAGCCAGUGCACCCUGAGGUGGGCUCUGUGUACGGGGAGAAGCCCAGCGCACCAGUGGUGGACUUCAGUUAUGUCGGCAUAGAUGCCAUCCUGGAGCAGAUGAGGAGGAAGGCCAUGAAGCAGGGCUUUGAGCUAAACAUUAUGGUUGUAGGGCAGAGUGGCCUGGGCAAAUCUACACUGAUGAACACACUGUUCAAGUCUAAAGUCAGCCGCAAAUCUGUGCAGGCCACAGCCCAAGAGAAGAUCCCCAAAACUAUUGAGAUAAAGUCCAUCAGCCACGACAUUGAAGAGAAGGGAGUAAGAAUGAAACUGACUGUAAUUGACACUCCAGGCUUUGGAGACCAGAUCAACAACGAAAACUGUUGGCAGCCCAUUAUGAGAUUCAUUAAUGACCAGUAUGAAGCGUACCUUCAAGAGGAAAUCAACAUCGAUAGAAAGAAGAGGAUCCCUGACUCAAGGGUCCACUGCUGUAUAUACUUCAUCCCUCCCACCGGCCACUGUCUCAGGCCUCUAGAUGUUGAAUUUAUGAGGCGCUUGAGUAAAGUGGUCAACAUUGUUCCGGUCAUUGCCAAAGCAGAUACUUUAACCCUGGAGGAGAGGGACUUCUUCAAACAAAAGAUCAGGGAAGAACUACGAGCCAAUGGGAUUGACGUGUACCCACAAAAAGAGUUUGAUGAGGACCAGGAGGACAGAAUGAUAAAUGAAAAAAUCAGAGAAAUGAUCCCCUUUGCUGUAGUGGGCAGUGACCAGGAGUACCAGGUCAACGGCAGGAGGCUUUUGGGCAGGAAAACCAAGUGGGGGACUAUUGAAGUGGAGAACAUUGCCCAUUGUGAAUUUGCCUAUUUAAGAGAUCUUCUCAUCAGGACCCAUAUGCAGAACAUUAAGGACAUUACCAGCACCAUGCAUUAUGAGAUGUACCGUGUGCGGCGACUGAACGAAAACAACACAGGAGCUGUCCACAGUAACGGCCUCUUGGACCACUCUGCUCAUGAGAUGUAA